GGAAGAACGAAAACACACAGAAAGGCCAAUCAUAAUGCAGAGGUGCACGUGAUUCUGUCAGCUGGCUGGUAUAUAUAAAGAGGCUCCGACACUCACUUCGGCACAACGAUCCAGGUCGCAGAAGCCUCAGCAGGAGUUCUGGACCGCUUGACAGAGAAACCAUGAAGUUUCUGGCAGCUAUCUGUCUGCUCGCCGCGAGCGCGAGCGCACAGGUUGGGCAAUCAGGGAUCGUUAGUCCUGAUGGAAACAACAUCCAGUUCACGCACGACUUUGCUCACAGCAUUGUGCUCUCUGGACCUUCUGGCAUCGUGACAAGUGAUGGUACGAACCUCCAGCUGACCGGAGGCCAGGCUGCCCUCCACGCUGCCUCCCCAGCAGCACCCCAGCCCGUGCCCCAGCUUGUCAUUUCCCGUAGCGUCGUCGGUCCCUCUGGAAUCGUGAGUCCUGCCGGAAAUGUUCAGUUCACCCAAGAGAUGGUUGACGACAACGUGCUGGUGGGUCCCUCUGGCAUUGUGACUAAGAGUGGUCAAAACAUCCAGUUCAACGACCAAGGGCUUCCCCGCACCAAGCGCUCUGCCGGCUACGUCCUUCCCGGUGGCAACCUGGGUCAUUCUGGCAUCGUCAGGGCUGACGGCACCCUCAAGCAGUUCAGCCACGACUUUGUCCAUGAUGUCGUGCUCAUGGGACCUUCUGGUUUCGUGACCAAGAGCGGAAAGAACAUUCAGCUGACUGCUGAUCUCCACAGAGUCAAGCGUGACCUCAAGGGUCCCUCUGGCAUGAUCCUUCGUGACGGCACUCAGGUGCAGUUCAAGACCGGAGACACCACUGUCCUUCUUGAUGGCCCCUCUGGAAUAGUCCUCAGCGACGGUACCCUGGUGCAGAGGCGUUCCAAGCGUUCCCUCGUUGGUCCCUCUGGCAUGAUCCUUGCUGACGGCACUCCAGUGCAGUUCAAGGAGCCCUUCGCCACCGUCUUGUUGGAUGGCCCCUCUGGAUUGGUUCUCAGCGACGGCACUCUGGUGCAGAAGCGUGUCAAGCGCAACCUCGUGGGUCCCUCCGGCAUGAUCCUUGCUGACGGCACCCCAGUCCAGUUCCCUGCCCACGCUGAGGCCGUCGUCACUGGCCCAUCUGGCAUCGUCUUCUCCAACGGACACAACAUCCAGCUUCCUUAGACAGACCACCGCACGUGCACCAGGACUCUAGUCUAUAUGCUCCUCCUGCCGACUUCUCUGCAUUUCUGACAAACACUAAGUAUUCAUCACGAUGUACAGAUAACAGAUUUCCGUAGAUAUACGAAUAAAGGUAACUGAAGUCA